AAAGGAGAGAGGCUCACCAAAUUGCUAAUUGAAGAAAGUUUUUAGUCCUUGAUUCAAAUUUAGCUAUGCAUAUGUAGUUAGAUUAUUGUCUGAUAGUUUUCAGUUCCAGUGUGGAAGGAAAUGGUACAUGGGACAUGUAUGUUGCCGGGUGCAGUUCUGCCUGGGGGACCGGCUAGCAUGGAAAAUAAACUCUACACCUACACAUGGCUCUGCCACAUCAGGGCUGGAAACAUAGUUGCCUCACAUUUGCACUGACUGCAACUUUUUUGCAGAGCUUUGUUCUCCUCAGUCCUGUAGUCUUCCAAAAAAGUUGAUCUGGAGGGAAUUAUGGUGUGUGGUUAAUUGAGGAGGCAUGGGGUUCUUUGUUUAAAUAAAAAAAAAAAAAAAAGCAACAAAAAGCCCCCUCCAGAACCCCCUAAAAAGCCACAAGGUGGAUUGACAGGACCAAAAAAAUAAAUAUCCAGACUUGGGUUCAGUUACUAUGUUCAGUGUGCUCAACAUCCCGCCCUGAUGAGUCAGUAACUGGUUACAAAUGACAGUGAUGUACCUAGGGUCCCCUAAAGAAAAAUCACGUAACUUGUUUGUUGAAUAUAUGCCUGCCUACCAGUUCUACUAGAUGUUCUACUUCUUGGCUGCCUUUCUGAUGAGGCCUGAAGCUGGUGUGGAAAGGAGGAUGCAGAGUACAGCCUUGUUGUGGUCCCACACAAGGACAGCAGAAGCAGAAUGUUUUCUUUGACUGACAGUCUGAAGACGACAAGACUGGCUGUAUGUAGCUUUCCUGGUGGUAGUUCAAGUAUUUCUAAUCUUACAGUGUCUUCUGAAAGUUAAGAUAAUGGUUUGGUUUUGGAUUUUUUUGUGUGAUUUUUACCUUGGUCAAUAGAAGGGCCAAAAAUUGAGAUAGUCUAAAAUGUCAAGGUAAUCCUGUAAACUGUCAGAGUUUUGAAGUUAGGUGUCCUGCUUUCUUGCACCUGUACAAUUGGACAGCUAUGUACUCAUACAUGUAGCAUCCAUAGGCCUAUAUAUAUUUGAUUAUACAGACUGAUCAUACUGUGUUUCAAAGCUUAAGUAAAGCUUUAUGAUGUCUGUCUUGCUACCAAUUGCUCACUGCAUUCAAAUCCUGCCUACCUCUAUAAAGGCUUUAUUAGAGACCCUUUAUAUGAUGUUAUGCUUCUUAACAGUAAGGGAAUUUCCUAAAAUUGCAGGAAUAAUGAAGGUUAAAUUUGAGGGUAUUAAGCUAUCUAAUGUGUGUCCUCACCUCUAACCUGGAGACAAAACCAUCACAAGAUUCUUCUAAAUAAAUGCUGAUUUUCUGUGUUUAAAAUUAGUCUGGCUAUACCCUGCUGGUAUUUAACUGAAUUCUAGCUGACUUAUAUUUAGCAUUAAAAUAUAAAAUGCCAAUAAAUGAAAAUACUGCUUCAGUAGACUGUAACAGAAUAAAUACAGGAAGGAAACAAAGCACAUGCCUGAUUGCUUUUUGAGAUAGUCUGUGUUCAAUACAGUUUUAAAAUUUCUAGCCCUUAAUGCUAAGUUUUGUUGCCAUCAUAGCUGUGGUGUGGGUGGAAAAGCCAAACCAGAAAUGAGCAGAUCUAACUAAGCUACUUUGCAUGUUGUCAAUUGACUAUAAAUUGCAGUAGUCAUCGACUCAGUGGAACAAGCUACAUAAUUCAGGUAAGACAGUUGCUGCAUCUAGCAACAGAUCUUCAUUGAAUAUCAAUGUUUUUGUAAAUCACUUCUACCAGCUAUUCAGUAACUGUGCUUCCGUAGCUUUUGAAUAAAUUGUGUUUAAUAUGAUCUCUUAUUAAAUAAGGUGUAAUAAAAAUGGGACAUUAACUUAUUAUUUUUAAUAUCAUUCAGAUAUUUUCAGGUAUUCAUCAGUCUUAAAAUAGCACGUCUUGUUUCCUUGGAUUUUUACUUUCAUCUGAAGAUUGGUUAAAUGCAGAACUCCAUGGAUGACAAAAGCUACUGUAACCUGAUGGACAAGUUGUCCACCUGUACCGAGACUCAGCACAUACAGCUGGCAAGGCCUUUCUGUGCUGACCCAGUGGUCACGUUUCACAUGUCCCCAGAAACACCAAACCAGGUCACUUGCACUGAAGAUUUGUUCCUUCCUUUCAUGUCUGAGCAUCUCAUAAUGGAGAAUUUCUACAGUGAGCCCUGCACCUUUCCCUACCAAUUGCCCUAUUAUAAUUACUGUAGAAGUGAGUACUCCUAUGGGCCAGCUUUCAUCAGAAAGAGGAAUGAGAGGGAAAGACAGAGAGUUAAAUGUGUCAAUGAAGGCUAUGCUAAACUGAGGCAUCACCUACCUAAGGAGUACUUGGAGAAACGGCUCAGCAAAGUAGAGACACUCCGUGCUGCAAUAAGAUACAUUAGUUACCUGCAGGCUGCUCUGUACAGUGAUUCUGUGAUGGCAGACGAGAAUGCCGUGGAGCCAAGCCAAGCACCUAAAGCACUUAAACAAAACCAGUUCUUAAAGACAAUCUAAACCAAGCAGAAGGUAUCAUCUCUGGGAACCUAGUAACCACUGUAUUAUUAAUGAUGUGUGUGUUCCUGGCAUGUCUUAGGAGCAGAUCAUAUUAUACAUCAGUAUCAGCCCACAGAGAAGAGUUUUAAUUUUGCAGAUAGUAACUACACUUAGAUACCAAAAAGACAACUGGGAGAUCUCACCUGAAUGGCCUAAGUUAGUUAAUUCAUGGAAAUAGGAAAGCAUUUCUAAAAUUGUCACCAAACCAAAAAUGUAAAGCAUGUGAAGUAACUGUAUGUAUUGUAACCUGCAUGCUUUUAAAUAAAAUCUUUUCA